UUACGUCGACGAGUCCACAAUUUAAAUGCGCUGUCGGGCUUGACUGGUGAAUAACUGUGGCAACAUACACCGGUAUUUAAUUCCAACGCAUUCACCCUCGAGACUUAAAUCAGGGGGAAAUUCUUACCGUGGAACUACUUGUCUUCCCCCUCAGGCCCACACUGACAUUUUCCCACCCGACCGACUCUCAACACCUCGCCGAACGAAAAUAAAAUUAUGGCCUCCAACAAGCCUGGUGCGGUCAGUUCCUCCGGGAUCACAACGAAUGAAUCCACAGGGGAGCGCUACAUUCCUUCGUCUGUCCGUGCCGACGGUUCCAAGCGACGAGAGAUCCGUGUCCGACCGGGAUACCGCCCUCCUGAGGAUGUGGAACUAUACAAAACCCGUGCGGCAGAGGCCUGGAAGAAUCGCGGAAAAGGCGGGGUUCCCGGUGCCGAUGGAUUGAAGGACGACGAGGACACCUCGGCCAACAAGGCAGGUGGUGCAACCAACAACAAGAAUGCGAAGCGUCGCGAAGCUAGAAAGAAGGCCAAGGCGACACAGGAUGGUGCUACCAACGGCAAGGAUGUGACUCGCAUCGAGAACUGGCGUGCCGGUGCGCCCGAAGAGGCUAAGAGGCAAUCGAACGGAGCCGAAAAGGACGCAGCGCAAACCGAAGAGGCAGUCGACCCUGAAGCCGAGAAGGAAAAGAAGGCCCGCAACUUGAAGAAGAAGCUGAGGCAGGCUCGCGACCUGCGCGACAAGAAAGCCCAGGGAGAGGCCCUUCUUCCCGAGCAGUUGGAGAAGGUGAUCAAGAUUCAGGAGCUGAUUCGCCAACUGGACUCCCUCGGGUUCGAUUCGAACGGAGACAAGAAGGAGGCCACCGAAGUGAAGGAGUAGAGGGAACUACCGAUUCGCAGAAGUAACCGUACUUCUUAUUAAUUAGGUCCUAUUGUGCGACUUUCUGAAGGUGCUCCAUUACAGCCA